AACAGUGCCGCGACUCUAGCAUCCACCGGCAUCAAGACCCAUCCUGUCGCGAAUUCAUUGCCCGCCAGCCCGGCCCGCGACGCACACACACAGACAAGAUGGCGCCCGCGCAACCAGAGCUCAAGAAGUACCUCGACAAGCGGCUGUUCGUGCAGCUCAACGGCAGUCGCAAGGUCAUUGGCGUCCUCCGCGGAUACGAUGUCUUCCUCAACAUCGUGCUAGAUGACGCCGUCGAGGAGAAGGACAACGGGGAGAAGGCGAAGCUGGGCAUGGUGGUCAUCCGCGGGAAUUCGGUCGUCAUGCUCGAGGCUUUGGAGAGGAUUGGCGGAGAUGAGCGGGGAGGGCGCUAAUUGCCGAUGCCGAGGCGCAUUUUCGCCGAGACAAGAUUGGGUGGAACGCAGGUGCGACACGUCCACCCUGAUGUUUCGCGUUGUACACUCACGGGGUUUGUGGGAAAUGGGUUUAUGGGUUACGGCGUUCGGUCUCAGCAAGGCGAGCGGGUCGAUCAGGGGCGGGGCUGAAAAAUAGGACGGUUCUUGCCGGCGCGAAGAUACCCAGCUUCCAGAAGCUACCUGUCCUCCACCCGCCAGGCCUUCUCGUCAUAGCCGUCCAUCAUACUGCCGCCGUACGCCUGAACCCAGCCUCGGAUGCCGCCGACCAUCACC